AUGAGCACUGCAAAGCUUAACGAGGUCAUUCAGGACCUGCCUGCAGAGCAGCAGAAGGCGCUGUCACAGCUGUACCUUUUCCUCGUUCAGAACCCAAGUCACAAUAUCCGCAUCCGCGGCUGGGCCGAUGUGCAGCGCGCAAUCGCAGAGGACUACCAGGUUCUGGUCUGGCGCCCUGCUGAGCUGCUGAAUGGCCGCCUUGCCAUGAUUGGCUUCACUCUGGGCGCCAUCACCCAGGCACGCACAGGCAUCAGUGUGUGGGGCCAGCUCAACGCGCUGCCUUUCGCCUACCUGCUCGCAUACGGCCUCGUUGUCACUGGAGGACUCCUAAACCAGACGUUUGGCAGGCCGAAGGAGGGCAUCAGCCUUGGUCCCAUCAAGUUCAGCCAGCGCGCAGAGCUGCUGAACGCCCGCAUGGCCAUGGUUGGAUAUGCAAUCCUGGCCUAUGUCGGCUACAACCAGGGCAUUGCCAGCUAA